UUUUUUAUUUUUAAGUUACAAUCAAUUUCGGAAUUUCUUUAAAUAAAAAGUUUCUGAAAUUGAAGCAACUUGGCUGUAUUUUUUUUGUUCUCAGUGAAUAGCGUCUGCUCGUUAGCAUUUGCAUUAAAACGGCAAUAAUCAAAUAUUAAAUGCAUUCUAACACACAUUUUCUGCGGCUGGCCGCGGCGGCGUCAUGUGUCAUAGCGGUAAUUCUGGCAGCGCAGCUACCGUCAACGUUGGCGCAGGCCAGCACCGUACGUGGAGGAGGAGGUGCAGUGCAGCCAGGUGGCAAACUAAUCGAAUUGGAUGAGGAUAAUUGGCAUUUAAUGUUAGAUGGCGAAUGGAUGAUUGAAUUUUUUGCCCCUUGGUGUCCAGCAUGCAAGAAUCUUGCACCCACAUGGGAACGUUUCGCACGUACCGCAAAUGAUCUUAAAGUGCAAGUGGCCAAAAUCGAUGUGACCACCUCACCAUCGUUAAGUGGACGUUUCUUUGUCACAGCCUUGCCCACAAUCUAUCACGUCAAAGAUGGUGAAUUCCGUCAAUAUCGUGGCGCCCGGGAUGGUGAUGCACUCUUGUUCUUCUUGAAGAAACAGCAAUGGCAAAGUAUUGAACCUUUGUCCGCCUGGAAGAAGCCCGAUACCAUCCAUAUGUCGCUAUUAUCAUACUUCUUUAAGCUGUCGCACACACUCAAGCACACGCAAAAACUCUUUAAGGACUUCAACGCCCGUCUGCAGGAGGAAUAUGGUUUGCCCACAUGGGGUUCAUAUGCUCUCUUUGCCAUUGCAACCAUAUUUGUGGGUGCUGCCUUGGGAUUGCUUCUGGUCUGCCUGGUGGACUUUGUUUAUCCGCCAAAGAAAUCGCAACGCCAAAGUUUCUCCGAAUCUCAGGAUAAUCUAACCGAAGGUGUCGAAGAUUUGGCCACAGAAGAGAUCGAAGAUGAUGAAAAUGAAGAGGCAGAGGCUGAAGAAGACGAUGAUGCUGAGGAAGCCGAAGAUGAAGAAAAUGCCGAAGAUGUAGAAGACGAGGAGGAGGAGGAGGAGGAUGAGCAGCAAGAUGAAGAACAGGAGGCAGAUCAAAAAGAACAUCAAAAGAAACCAUCACUGCCGGAAGCAGCUGGAGAUGCGUCACCGCAAACGAAGCCUGAGAAAACCGAACAAGUUCGCAAGCGUAAGCCACGUAAAGCCGAUUAGUUAGUUAGAAGCAAAAUCCAGGUUCCACUUAUCUUAAUCUUCUGGUGGAUAUUCGAAAGAAAAAAACAUACAAAACAAAAAAAAAGACUAACAUCUAAUACUAAAAUCGAGAGGAGAACUAUGCACUGCAAAAUUCUGUGUGCUUUCUGAUUCAUAUAAAAUCUAAUUUGUUUGCGCACAAAACACGUAUUAACUGCAUGUGGAUAUAUAUAUAUACAUAUAUAUUCAUAUACAUAUACAGAUAUAAAAAAAAAAAAACGAAACAAUAAUCUUCUUUUAAGUCAUACUCACUAAAACAAAAAAAAAAACAUGUCUUCGCUCAUUAUAUACAAUUGUUCUUACUAUUAUUAUUUUCUUAUUGCAAGCGUGUGUUCAUUAAUAUUUUUUUCCCCCUAAUUUAAAACAAAACAAAAAUCCUUUUUGCAUUUCACAUUGUUCAAAAGGCAAAAGCAAAAACUGUAUUAAAUUCUCGUAUUAUACAACAACAAAAAUAAACUAUAAAAAAUCAACAAAAUUUAUAUGCAUUUGUUUUCAAAAACAUAAUUUACAAAACAACGACCAAGAAGUCAUUAAAAAAAAAGAAGAAAAAUAAAUGACAAGAAUUAAAUUCGUUUAGGUAAAACUCAAAAAACAGAAAAUAAUUGACAUUGUAAUUUUGAAAAUGAUUUUCCCAAUAAAUGUGCUUUAAAUAAAA